AAUAAUGUAACGUUCACUUUUUAACAUGCACAAAUAAUUUAAAUGCAUUGCAAAGCAAAAAAGGAAAUAUUGCAUUCUCCGGUAAUCGAACCCGAGCCGUCCUCAUUGUGCGAUGAGCAAUAAUAUUACUCAAAAUAUUUUUGAUUUCUUAAUAUACAGGCACAUGUACCUUUCAUUUGAUACCAUCACGACCACAUGUACAUACUCACAAACUGCUGGUUCGCAAGAGCUCGAACUUUUUCGCGCAAAAACUUUACAAAAAUACAUGAAUUCCUACAGAGCUCCUUCAGUCACGCACGCGUGAGCCGUACUACCGAUCAUCCCGCGUUCUUUUUAAAUAAACAUAGAAUGCUAAAACUUUUAAUUUAAUAUAUGGGAUGUAUGCGAUCUACGCAAACACUGCUUACAAAUUUCUAUUACGUAUGAUACAAUAGAUUACACCGCAUUGUAAUAAUAUACUAACAUUUACAUCAGGAAAUCUCAUACAAACGAUUGUGGGACAUAAUGUACUUAUGUACGCAAAGGUUACUUGUUUGACUAGCAUUAAAAUCUCCGUUAAUAUUAGCGCUCUAUAGUAAAGCGAUUAAUAAAAUGAAUUUAAAUUUCUUUACCAAAAAAAAAAGCUACAAAAGGGAAGUUUGCAUAAUGUUCUCUAAACCAUCCGUCCUUUCUUAUUCUACUCAAGCAACAAUAGUAACAACUGUAUAACAACCUGCCCACCGCUUCUUUGGCGACCUGACGUAACUAGUUUACCUGUCCUUCAGUGCCUCAUUCUUAAAUUUACUUUGCCUUAUACGUCGCGCGGCCUACAUCAAGAAUUUUUUCCUAAUGGCUAUACUUCGAUACGACAUAAUAAUAACAAUUUGUAUGUGUUAGCUGUAUGUGUCAGUCGUGUGAGUUAUGCUUCGGUCAUUCCGAUGACCAUAGCCAGUAUUUCAACAAGUGAGAGUGUUAUUUUAAUGGGCGGUGUACAACUUUCUUGUGGAAAUCAGAUGGAAAGUUAUGGUACAGGUGCACCGUUAAAGAACAAUAUUUUCAUUUUAGUUACAUCGCUAUAAUUAUAAAAGUAAAAAUGGGUAUAGCUAAGAGAGUUUCAAAAAAUCACUACGUGGCUCCUAGAUUGACGGAUUCCCCGACACCCGUUCACGUAUCAAGAAAAAUGGUGUAUUCAGACGAAGAAGAAAGUCAUUUAAGCGCACAUAGGGCUCCAUCAGAGAGAACGAUGUCGGAAUAUACUUCUACGCCACUAGCGACUGCUAAUGGAAGCCAUCACCCUCCAAGGGCCCAUUCUGCCUUAAGCAAAGGGAGUGGUUAUGGUGAUGGUGGAUCAGAUAUUUAUGUUACCAGUGGUGCUUACAAAUCACCAUCAGAAUUUAGUCGAACAUCAAGGUCUCAUAGAGCCCCAAGUCAUUACUCAUAUAGAAGUGAUAAGGCACCGUCAGUCACAAGCACUGUAAAGACACGCAACUCUAGAAAAGCCGGGGUUACAGUAGAAGCAAUGGCUGCACCAAACCCAUUUUGUCCUAAUAUAAAGGGGAUGUGCUGUUUAAUGCUGCUACUUAAUUUAGGAAUUAUCCUUGUAACGUUGGGAUUUGUGAUAGUCAUUCAAUUUAUAGAACCAUUGUUUGUAUGGAUUCUGGGUAUAGUGUUUUUAAUAUUCGGCUUUCUGACGCUAAUAGGUAGUUUAAUAUACUGUGUGAUGGUAUUCAGAGAUGCUAAAUCACCUAAAGAUGUAAAUCCAGAUGAUCUUUACUGGACGCAUCACUGGCAAAAAACAAUUAAUUUGCCGGAAAUUCAUUACAAAACGGAGGAAAAAUUCGACGAUUAUAAUAGUGAUCGAUAUUCUCUAGGUAAAAUGUCCGGUAAAUAUUCAGAUAGGAAUGCAAGGUAUUAAAUACGCAUUGUUAUUGUAUUCAUAAAUAAACAGUUAACAAUUCUAAAUGUAGACUUCAAGACUACAUAAGUAGAUUUUCAAAAUAUAUUCAAAAUGAAAGCAUUUCAAUUCUAAAAAGAAUGAAUUUGUGUACAUAUGUAAAAUAAUACUGUAACAUUAAGAGAUAUCUUUGUUUGUUUAUUGCAGGCUAUUAUUAACGAUUAUUAUUUUCUUAAAACAUAAAAACCCCUUUCGCUUUUGCAACAUAUUGUAUAUUAAUUUUGCAUUUAUAAGGUAAUUAUAGUUACUAAAAACAUUAUACUGUUAAUUAGUUUUUAAGUUAACUUAUUUUUUGUUUACGUAAAAAAACGCCAAAACUGUUAUGAAUUUAAUUUUCAUAUAAGUUUUGAGAGUAUGUUAACAAAGUAAUUAUUUUUAUAUUCAAUGGAACUAUUUUUUGCGAUACUUUAUGAAUAAAUGGUUAAAUUGCGCAACAAAUGUUUUUUUUUUUUAAAUCAAACAUUUCCUAAAUAGAAAGCAAACAGAAGACGAACAUUGUGGAACUUCUCCAAAUGUUCUUUUACUUUUUAGUCAAUAU